GCUCCCGCCGCGCCCCUUCGCCCAGCAUGAGGCUCCUGGCGGCCGCGCUGCUCCUGCUGCUGCUGCUGGCGCUGUGCGCCGCGCGCGUGGACGGGUCCAAAUGCAAAUGCUCCAGGAAGGGGCCCAAGAUCCGCUACAGCGACGUGAAGAAGCUGGAAAUGAAGCCAAAAUACCCGCACUGCGAGGAGAAGAUGGUCAUCGUCACCACCAAGAGCGUGUCCAGGUACCGGGGCCAGGAGCACUGCCUGCAUCCCAAGUUACAGAGCACCAAGCGUUUCAUCAAGUGGUACAACGCCUGGAAUGAGAAGCGGAGGGUCUACGAAGAAUAGGGUGAAAGACCUCGGAGAGGACAGACGCCAGAGCCCUGGGGAGACUUCAGCAAAGGACUUUGCAGAUUACAAUAAAAACCCCUUUCUUUCUCACAGGCCUAAGGCACAAAUUCUAUAUGGUUACGAAGCACUUUUACCCAGGGUCAGUUUUUUUACGUUUUAUAGCUGUGUGUGGUGAAAGGCUUCCAGAUGUGAGACGCAGCUCUCCUGCACUCCCGGCUCCAGCACGAGCAGCUUUUUGACUAAAAGGGGGAAACUCAUGCCUUUUCUUUUUAAAAUAAGGGGUUUUUUUUUUGUUGUUGAUUUUUUUUUUUACUUGUCCAUAUGUCACUACACAUCUGAGCUUUCUAAGCGCCUGGGAGGAACAGUGAGCUUGGUUGAGACAUUUCAUUGCAGCCCUGUUCCAUUCCAGACUUGGAAUGCUUCCGCUCAGAGGGCCUGGCGCCUCCGCACAGCUGCCACGGGCUCUCCUGGGUUUAUGGCUGCUGUGACUCUGCAGUGGCCUCAGUUACCAAGCAAGCGGGAGCAAGUCCUUCCACAUCUGUACUUGCAGGAGUUCAGUCUGGUGGCCAGGGCGACAUGCCUCAUGCACACCCCCAACUCCACCGAGCACCCCCCCCCCCCGGCUCUUUAAUUUCCAAGACCUGUGGUGGCAGGCAAGGGAUCCAUACAGGAAUUGGGUCUUUCCUUCAAAUUGAGGGUUUACGAACGAUUGGCUGCUUUGGUAUUUUGGUGAUAUUUUGGAAGAAUGGGAAGUUCCCCAACACUUACCAAAAGCCUCAGGAGAAAACUUCAAAUGAAAAUUCAUGCACAACACACACCAGAGGUACCCAUUAUAUUCACAAGGGGAAACCUUCAAGGUGUAUACCUUUUCCUCAUCUCCACAGAGCAUGAAGUGUUUGUGACUCUCCCCACGGUACAUAGGCAAACUGAGACCCUCUUGGGGAGCUUGGGUAACUAUGCACCCUGUUCCGUGUACAUAGCCUCUUCUGAGCACCCCGCCACACACUGCCCCUCAGUAGAGGCCACACUGGACUGCUGUGUUAUAUGCUGUGUAAAUGUCCAAAACCAUUAGCGUUGCAUGCAGGUUUCAUAUUCUUUCUAAGAUUUAAAAAGGUAAUAAAAUAUAUUUGAAAUGUA